AUGAAGCUACCAUCAAAGUCUUUACUGCGCUCGGGAUGCCCUCAAAAGCAAAGACGCACGCAGCGCGAGGGCCCGGAGCCAGGAGAGCUGAGCUUGCUGGAGCAACGGAAUCACUAA